AUUCCCUCAAGUCCAUUUGACGUAAGACUUAAAAACAAUCUCGCACGACUCUUAGCACUUCCGUUUCAUCAUGUUUAUUGGCUUUGACGUGCCACCGGAUUCGACUGUGGUGAAUUGGGAAGAAAUCCGAAACUACGGAUUGAUGAACAUCAGUCCACACCCUUCCAGGAGCCAGAAGAUGCGCUUUCGUCUUCUCGCUGGCGGUAUGGUCAUCAUGACGCUGUUAUAUACAAUAAACUUGUUCAAAGCCAUGAUCGAUAAACAACUCUGGUUCUUCAAGACUGAUAAAUUAGGAUAUUGUCGACCGAAUAUCCAUACUCUCUUACCACUGUUGUCUUGUAUCGAGUGUAUGCUCGUCUUCGUCUCUAUCGUUUUGUUAGAAAGGGAUUACCAGGGCUAUUUACAUGUGUCCACGGUUUUUACUCUUCUUCUCUCAUAUACUUUUUUACAUUUUGGCAUUGUGACCCGUACUUGGAGAAUUUUGGCAAGUUUGCCUAGGACCUCAAUUGAGCUCGGUGAUAAUCAAGCGGAUCACCGGUCAUCGAUAUCACCCCGCAAGUUCAACACUCUGAUAUGCCUACUAUAUUUUUCAUUUCCUGUGGUCUUUAUUCCACUACAUAUUUGGAUGUCUUUAAAUUCCUCCAAGGUCGGAAGACUAUGGUUUCAAGUCAUGCCUGUUUUGGACAACCUAAUUCUCUUCAAUCAAGGCACGAUGAGUCAAUCUCAGAUUCAAGAGCUCAGUGGAACUGCUGAAGGAAUGCUUAACACAGUACAAAAUCCUUACAUCCUCGCUAUCCUCUUGUGGCGUAUUGCUAGUGGUAUCUACAUGUUAUUCAUCACGGCUGAGAUAGCUGUUUUCACUUACGCGUCUAUCAGGCUUUUGAAGGCCUUGGGGAAACGACUUCGGGUAAUUAGUCAUGCCAAGGCUAACGCCGCUCAACUAGCAACCAUCGAUAUUCACAUGCAAGCGAGCCUCGUCAACAUCACAGAGGUUUCACAUCAAACUUUGGAUCCCAGUCAUCCAAAAAAAAACAGCGGCUUGGUGGUGGAUGUGACUUACUUCGAAUGAUGACAUUGAGCUGAGUGUGUGGAAUGAUAUGGAUAACGUGGUAUUCAGCGAAGUGAGGUAUCUAGAGGAGAAUUAUGGGAUCAUAAAUCGCUAUCGUCAUGUGAUUCUUUUUCAGUUGAUUCUUUGUGGUAUAGUGAAGGUGUCAUUUUGGAUCCUGGGCGCUCUGGUUGCUUUCAAUGUAUUUGAAGCUGUGUACGAAACUCCUGCAAUAGAUAUUUUGUUGAUUGUC